GCCAUUGUAUUUUGUAUGAAAAUCCUCUCUAAAGCCUUUGUCAAUUUUUCCAAUGAUUGCUCUGCCACAGUACUGACUACAGAUUUCAGUGUCUCCUUGGUACUGAGAAGGAUUGUGCAAUUUGUCGUCAAGGGAUCUUCAAAGAGAACAGCAUCCAGAAGAGAAAGAUGGGACGCCUCUCCGCCAUCUUGCUCGUCCUGUUUCUGACUAGCACACAGCUCUCCAACGCCCUGCUGUGUUACGUGUGCUAUGGCUUCGACGAGUCUAAGGACUUCGACGUGCUCGCCAACAACCCCAGCUGCGUGUCGGGGGCCUUCGACGCUUCGCAGGUCAACCUUGUGCAGAGUUCCGAGAAUGCCACCAACCCCUACUGCGCCGCCUUCACCGCCAGGGCGAAUGGCGUGGUGAUGACGGUCCGCAGCGGCAUCGAUAAUCUCAACGACGCCAAGGGAGUCUCUUCGGGAUAUUUAGAAGGAUAUACUUGCAACGAUGCCGACUACUGCAACGGCAGAGACACCAGCGCGGCGGGAAGUCGGGCAACCAUGCUGGCGCUAGUGGUGUUCCCCGUCGCCGUCGUGAGAGUGUUGUCUUAGUGGAUGGAGGUGGAGGAGGAGGUGGAGGUGG